AUGCACCACAACGGUCAUACUACAGAGGAUGGCCAUGGUACCCCUGGCAACGUGGUCCAUACUGAGGACAGGAAUAGCACCAGCAUGGAUAACUCUCACAAUCAGCCUGACACCAGAAUCUGUCAAGAGUUAAAUAAUAGUGGUGCGGUGUGCGAUGGUGUCCACAUAAACCCUCCACAGAGUAAUCCUGAUUGUGUUGUCAAGUAUCAAAGCACCAGCGGUAUCCACACUACUGUUUCAGGGUUUGACACCAAUAACGAGAAUGUAAUGGCUUGCCCGUCUUCUUUGAGCGAAAACGAAAACACACUUUCCAACUCAGAUUCUAUUGAUCCCACCAAAGGAACAUCACCUGUAUUAUCACGAACUAUUCACUUGCCAGCGUUCAUGACUGUUGCAGUAGGCACUAGCAAAGUUUCCACAAUUGACAACAACACAGACAACUCUACCAUGGCCCUCCAACAAGCCAAUCCAGCUACGAAUUGCAAUAUUUUGAAUCCUAGUCUGAAACUACCUGCCAUUCAUUGUCCUACUUUCACAGCUAGAAGCACUGAACCUGAAUUGCUUCCCUCGGCUUUAAUGGUAGAGCAUGGAGAGACUGGAGAGGAAUGCGAUAUUUCGCUUUCUGAAUUUGGUUCUGCUGCUACUACACCCAAUCCAACAUCCACUACCACGUCCCAAGGUCCUGCUACUGCCGCUCGUCUUGCCAGCACCUAUGCGAAAACAAAAUCAAAUCGACAUAAUCUCAAGCUCCCUAUUGAAUAUCGUAGCCGUUUUAUGACACCAUAUGAUUUAUAUAUUGGCCAUUUGCUUGACAUCACCAAUCACCUCAAUCCAAAAGACUGUGCAGUAGCCUCGCAUGAUGCUAUACAGACGGCGCCAAAAGGAAGCAAAUGGACCGUAUGGAUUGGGGAAGAGCUUCGCACUCGGUUUGUGGAUUGCAAGCAGCGCUUGCUGCCAACAGGAACUCAUGGCCAGUUUAUUGCCUUGCUUCUGGCUUUAAAAGAGGAACAUACUCGUCGAACAAGGUCACAAGGACAUGCUUUUGACCACGGGCAUCCUCAACAGCAUCAGUCAUUGACACACUCUCCCGAUCAAACAUCAGGAUUUCGUCCACAAGCCCUUCAGCAGGCAUCUCCACAACGUACAUACUCGUUUGGUCAGUCACCCACUCAGUCGUACCCACACACACCUCCGCCUCAUCUUCAGCAGAAACCAAUACAUCACGUAUCCAAUCAGCAUCUGUCACGCCGCCCAUCUAGCGUAUAUUCUGGAUCUCCACAGCCAUCUGCAUUGGUUCAUCCUGAACAUUGGCGUCAUCAGCCAUCACAUAACCCUCACCACCCACAGUAUGCACUGCCCUAUCAGCAACACGGUCGUCCGAAUCCACCCCAACGACCUGCAUCUGCAUCUGGAGAUGUGUAUGGCAUGGGUCACCACAGUGAUUACUAUCAGCAUCACGCACCUCCACAAAAUAUGAAUGCAAACUACAGAAUUCCUAUGGGAUCACCAUCUUCCCAAUCUGCCAAUCUGCCUGCCUACAAUUUCUCUAGAGGGCUUUCUGCUGGAAAUGCAAACCAUAUUCGCACCGCAAGUCAAGGUGGUUAUCGUAUGUACCCAACCUCAAUGGGCGGAGGUGGCCACAUGUCUGAAAACCAAGUCACUACAUCUCCAUUGUCUGUGUCCUUCCAUCGCAGAAUCAACCACGACAGAAUGAACUCGUAUCCUAACGAGUAUCAUCCAAAUCGUAUGAUGGAUACCAAGCGCUCACAUGAUCAGAUGAAUGAUAUUUCUGGUUCACAAUCUGUGCAUCCGAUCAACUAUAGAAGUGAAGCAGGACUAGAGGCAAAGCGUCCCGCCCAUGCAUCCUAUGCUAAUGAGAGCAAUUUAAUGCCUCUCAAUCAUUCGCCAAUGCCUUCAAUCAAACAAAGUCCAUCCCAGUAUAGCUCUCCCUAUCUUUACCAUGAUCAGCCGCGGGCACCUCAUUCUUGGCAGGAGCAGGCUCACAAUGAGCGUCCUGAAAAAAAAAUAGACAUUCGUGGGAUAGGUGAAACCCCAGAAAAUGGGUUUGACCAUUCAUCUCCCAGAUAUGCAGCAAGUAAUUUACGACAAAAUAGUAAUGUAGACUUGGAUCUUUCAAAUGCAUCUCAUAGGGCUGCUUUGGCAAACUCGCACAGAGGGAGUUCGCCACUAGCAACAACACCAGUUUUGCGUCAGGAAGAACACCAGUUGAAGCAAUCUAAGGAGCAUUCCUCUGCUCUUGUCGACGACAAAUCCAAUGUUUUGUCGUCUGCGAACGAACACGCAGCAAUGGCCGAUCUAACUGAUGCAGAUGCGAAAACCAAGAGUCGAGUGAGCAAAGAUUCACCAGGACUGUGGACAUCUCAAUCCACUUUGCCCAGGAAUCAGACACAAUAUACAUCUCGUCGGUUCUCUUUUUAA